AUUGUAAUGCCUGGGAUUUUUCCAUUAAUUUGCCCUUUCUUCUGCAACCAAGGUUUCCAUUUUUGGAAGGUUUUUGCAGAGAUAGAAAGGAGUAAGUGAGAGAGAGAGGGGAGGAGCAAAAGAGAGAGAGCCGAGGCCAUGGGUCUCCAUAUAAGGAAGGUCUUGGGGCAAUAGUUUGUAGUGGAAAGCCUGGUGAAAGCUUUUCAUUUAUGGAAGGUUUCUUCAUCAAAAGCUCAAAUUGCACAUUUACGCUUCUUCUUCUUCUUCUUCUUCUCCUUCUCGUCCUUUUGUUUUUGAUCAACGGCCAGUCCUUUGUAUCUCGAGGAAGCUCUAAAGGGAGUGCCCUUUGUUCUAUUUGGAAAGUCAUUGAACUGAGAUAAAAGACUUGGAGCUGGUGAGCUAGGGCUUCGCUUUCUGGUAAUUUUUAGGACAACGUUUCGAGAACGGAAUAAUUCUUUCUCUUUAGGCUAAGGUAUUUUUCAGUACUGCAAGGUUCAGAAGAAGUUCAAGAAAAUUUACUGAAGUUCUUGAUUUGAAUAUCAAGGAUCUUCACGCAUUUUACAGUUUAUUAACUCUGUUUGAGGUUAUAGAACCAAUUGCCGGAAACGAAUGCAAUCAAUGGAAGCUUUAACGGCUACACCAGAUGCUCAUUGUAGUUCCUGCAACUUCUUGGACGAAAACCCUUCUCUCACUGCUCGCAGAAGGAGACUAGAGAUCCGACGCCUCAAGCUCUUGACCUGCUCAGACACCGACGGAACCAUGAAGAAGAGGAACCACCGUAGCGAGGCUGAGAGCGUAUGCGAGGAUAGUUUCAUGGAUAGAUCAAAGGAGAAUUGGGCUUCUGAGGAAGGCGAAGAGGGGGAGAGAGAGAAAGUGGGAUUGAAAGAGGAGAUAGAAGGUGGCGUGAUAAUGUUUUGCGAGGGUUCAUCUUCUCUAACUUCUUCCUCAUCUUGGAGCCCAAAGUCUGGUUGUGUAUCAGUGAUAGGGAGGAGGAGAGAGAUGGAGGAUGUUGUUACAGUGAUGCCUGGUUUUCACACUGUAUAUGUGGUCGAGGAGUCGUGCAUGCAUGCGGUUCCCCUUCAUUACUUUGCUGUAUAUGAUGGCCACGGUGGCUCACAGGCUUCCCAGUUUUGUAAAGACCGAUUUCAUGAGGCCUUAGCGGAGGAGCUAAAGGGCAUUGACUGCCUCACCAUUGGUGCUGGUGAGUGGAGCAAAGUGAUGGCUGCUUGUUUUCAAAGGAUGGAUGUUGACGUGGGAGGGCUUUGUCGAAGUGGUGUUUGCAAUGAUGUGGAAUCGGAGUCCCAGUGUGAGUCUUGUCAUGAUACAAUAGCUCCAGGAAACGUAGGAUCAACGGCUGUGAUUGCCCUUGUGACCCCUUUACAACUUGUUGUAGCUAAUUGCGGCGACUCGAGGGCAGUUCUCUCUAGGGGUGGCAAGGCCAUUCCCCUGUCCUCAGAUCAUAGGCCAGAGCGCGAGGAUGAGCUUCGCAGGAUAGAGGCAGCUGGUGGUCGUGUUCUUUUUUGGGAUGGGUAUCGUGUCGGAGGGUUCCUUGCCGUGUCAAGAUCAAUAGGUGACAGAUACUUGAAACAAUAUGUGAUCUCCGAUCCGGAAGUGACAUGCACUGAGAGAAGCGAAGACGAUGAGUUUCUUAUAUUAGCAAGCGAUGGCUUGUGGGAUGUUGUCCCUAACGACGUGGCCUGCGCGGUGGUCCGCAAGUGUCUUGGUACCCACCGACGGCCUCACCACCGAGGCAAGACUACUAGGUCGGGUGUAGAGGCUGCUGCCGCCAUGUUGACUAACAUAGCCAUGGCAAGGGGUAGCGAUGACAAUAUAAGCAUUGUGGUGGUCAAUUUGCGAGAGGGCAGUGCACCCCGUCAGGUCGAGUAAGUUCUCGACUUGGGCCAGUAGUUACUCAUCUUUUUUUUUUUUUAAUGAUUUUUCCUUGUGUAUAGAGAGAUUAGGUGGCAGGGCAGACCUACCUCCCUACAAUUUUUCAAUGCAUAUCAGCUUUCACAUGUCCAAUUUUGUUCAGAGAAUUGGAUGCUUAUCAUGGUGUCUGUGCUUCAUUGUGGAUGAUCAAUGUUUAAAAAUCGCUAUUCCGAAUAGCAAUCAAGUCUGCCUAACGGUUCCAUGUUUUAGAUUCUCCUGUUUGACAGACUUUCUUAGUGCUGUCAUAGAUCAUAGUUAUUAAGGCUGGACUGGUUAUCGGAUCGGCCGGGAUGAUGCUCAAUACCUAUGGUAGAAACUUGGUGGGCUUUGUUAAGAAGUGGUUAGAAUCAAUAUUGAUUGAUUUAGAUCUAUUAGAUCAGUAAAACUGGUUUCAUUAGUAAAUUUUUAUUAUUUAAUGUUUUUAAA